UUUGUGUUUGAGUGUGUGUGUUUGUAUGUGUGUGUGUGUGCGUGUGUGUGUGUGUGUGUAUGUGUGUGUAUAUGUGUUUGUUUGAUGUGUUUUAUCUGUCUCUAUGUGUGUGUGUGCGUGUGUAUGUGUGUGUGCAUGUAUGUGUAUAUUUGUUUUUUGUUUGUCUGCGUUGUGUGUGUGUAUGUGUAUGUGUGUUUGCAUUUGUGUGUGUGUGUGUUCGUUUGUUUGUUUGUGUGUGUGUUCGUUUGUUUGUGUGUCUGCGUUUUUUUAGUUGUGUAA